AUGGCGGCCGCCUAUAUUUUGGCUCAAAACAGAAGGAACUUAAGAAGAGAACGAGUAUUUAGAGAUAGGAACAACCCAUUGGACUAUAUGACUGAUGCAGAUAUCAUUGAUAAGUUCCGCCUUCCACGCCAUUUAAUUUUGAGUUUAUGUGUAGAGCUUAAUGCUCAUCUAGCGCGUGAUACUAGGAGGUCUCAUGCUCUUCCUCCACCACUGCAAAUCAUGGUGGCACUCAGGUUUUAUGCCAGUGGGAACUUUCAAACUGUCACUGAUGAUCUUCAUGGCAUAAGCAAAGCUAGUGUUUCAAGAGUAGUAAAUGCUGUAUCAUCAGCUCUAGUAACUUUGAGUUCCCAUUAUAUAAAAUUUCCACAAGACGAUAGAAGUAUUAAUAACACCAUACUUGGCUUUUCUCGCAUGGCAAAUUUUCCUAACGUCAUUGGAGCGAUAGAUGGAACUCAUAUUCCAAUUAAAGCCCCGAAAAAUGACGAGCAUCUGUUUGUUAACAGAAAAAAUUUUCAUUCUAUAAAUGUAAUGGCAGUUUGUGAUUCCAGGACAAAAUUUACUAACAUAGUUGCCAAGUGGCCUGGUUCAUCACACGAUUCUUUUGUGUGGACAAAUUCAACACUUAGUGAUCUUUUUGAAAAUGGAUAUAUUAUAAGAGGUUGGUUGCUUGGGGACAGUGCAUACCCUCUGAAAAAUUAUCUGAAGACACCAGUCCUUAACCCAAGCAAUCCCCGUGAAUUAGCUUACAACGAUGCGCAUGCUAAGACGAGAAACCCUAUUGAAAGAAGCUUCGGAGUGCUUAAAAUGCGCUUUCGCUGCAUUGAUCAUUCUGGUGGAACGCUUCUGUUUCAUCCAACAAGAGCAUGUAGAAUUGUGACUGCCUGUGUUGUUCUGCACAACUUGUGCACUGAUCACAAUGUUCCGGUGCCACAAGCACAAAAUCCUGGGGCAUAUCAACUUAAUCCACCAGAUAUCUACGUCUAUCAAGGACCCAAUAAUGACGGAGCCGAGAUCCGCCAAAGAUUGAUUCUCUCUAGAUUUUCAGGUGGCACCACAAAAAAAAACUGUGCAUUCAUGAAAUAUGGUGCCGUUUUCAUUUUAUGUAUUUAG